AUGAAGAACGUACGGGACUUUAAGAUUGAUGAAUGGAUGCGCCUCUACGGUAAGGCGAGAUACCAACCUGGAGGUCACGGUCCUGCAAUUCAUUGGCUUACAGCUUUCCCAGGCUCUUAUGCGCAAGCACUCUCUAUCAACCAUCUCAAGUCACUUUCGACAGACCUUGCACUAGAAGUCUUCGACCAGAAUCUGGAGCUCAGCUAUGGCCCUUUUGAGGGAUCUCGCAGGCUCCGGGAGCGAAUUGCGGCACUGCAUUCCACGAACGAAGAUAAGGUUGAUCCGAGCAACGUUAUCAUUACUCCUGGGUCCGUUAUGGCCAAUUAUCUGAUAUUGGAUACCAUAUGUGGCCCCGGAGACCAUGUGAUCUGUCAGUACCCAGCAUAUGGGCAGCUUUAUCUGGUACCAGAGUUCGGCGGCGUCGAUGUCAGUCUUUGGAAAAUGGACGAGUCCAACAACUGGCUACCAAACACUAAAGAGCUCGCCGCGUUGAUCCGACCCAACACGAAGGCAAUUAUUCUCAAUAGUCCCAACAACCCCACAGGAAUCGUUCUUGAAGAGAGCUUUCUACGGGAGGUAGUAAGAAUUGCUUCUGAAAAUUCCAUCGUCGUCUUCAGCGACGAGGUGUUCAACCCGCUGGUUUUCACUUCGCCCAAGGCUCCUUCAAUUGUCAAUCUAGGCUAUACGAACACCAUUGCCAGCGGUUCCCUAUCAAAAGCCUUCUCUAUUCCCGGCAUACGACUUGGCUGGAUUGUGACGAGAAGUCCAGAGUUGACGAAGGAAAUCACUACGAAACGCGAUUUCACUACCAUCACUGUGUCUCGGCUUGACGACAGUGUCGCCUCGUUUGCAUUGGAUCCAGCGGUCAUGCCGAACAUGAUGAAGCGCAACAUCUCUCUGUGGCAAGAGAGCGUUGGUUUACUUGAUAAAUUUAUUGCGGAGAGCGGUGGACGGGUUCGCUGGGUGAAGCCACAAGGCUCAGGUAUGGCGUUCAUUCAGAUCCUGGAUCAAGCGAAAGUACCUGUCGAUGAUGGGGACUUUUGCAAGAGGCUGCAAGUGGAAGAGAGCAUCUGCUUGGUUCCGGGCGGCGUGUGCUUCAGCGAAGGCAAUGACGAAGAUUUCAAGGGAUAUUUCAGGGUUGGAUUGGGGAAUCCUGAUGUGCUUCGGCAAGCUUUGCCCUUACUUCACGCGUUCAUCCAGAAAUGGUAG